AUGACGUCUGUUGAUGGCUUCCAGUACACAACCUACCGAGAAAAUGSAGCAGAUAAGCUGUUUACAGGAAAURCAGACCAAAAUUCAGUCGUUAAAAACGUCAUAACUGAGGUCAAAGUGAGGUACAUUAGAUUUUUUCCAAGGGAUUACAAUAGGCACAAGACCAUGCGAGUGGGACUAUUCGGCUAUAAAGAAGAGUGUGCUAAAAGGACAAUCGGUUUGGAGAAUAAAUACAUCAUACCUGACAGCAGUUUUACAGCAACUUCGCAAUACGACAACAGAUACUAUCCAUACCACGCUAGACUUAACAGUGACUUGAAAGGAUGGGCUGCAAAGACAAAUACAGAUCCAAAUGACUAUCUACAGAUUGAUCUUGGACUUCCUUACGUCAUCUGUGCUGUAGCAACACAGGGUAGCAGUGAUAGUGGUGAGUGGGUGACACAGUAUAAGAUAGGUCUGUCGAUGGAUGGUAGUCGAUGGAMCACAUAUCAAGAAGGCGGAGUUCAUAAGGUCUUUCAAGGCAAUAUCGACCACAGCAUUAUUAUGCUAAAUGAACUUACAAAGAAAACCACAACAAGAUACAUGAGAUUCAUUCCAACGGCUUCUGGUGGUUAUAAGACAAUGCGAGUAGGGGUUUUUGGUUAUCUAGAAGCUUGCUUUAAGCAACCGAUUGGCAUGGAAUCAGGAGCUAUUCAAGAUGGCAGUAUAACAGCUUCAUCUGCUAAUCAUCCGGCCAAGAAUGCAAGACUACAUUACAYAUCAGGCUCAUCGUGGUGUGCCUCUACAAUAAGUGACUCUAAUCUAUAUCUACAGAUUGACCUCGGGACAUCUCACCUUAUCUGUGCUGUGGCUACACAGGGAAAUAGCAUGGCAGAUCAGUGGGUGAAGACGUACCAGAUAGCGACGUCCAAUGAUGGAUCAUCGUGGACUACGUACACAGAAAAUAGUGCAACGAGGAUAUUCUAUGGUAACUAUGACCGUACAACCGUUAUAAGACAAGUUCUGUACCAUGGUAUUGUUACAAGAUAUCUACGUAUUGUACCUAAGACAUUCCAUACUACCAGCACAGUGUGUUUGAGGACAGAGAUAUAUGGAUAUCCUUUCCAAACAAGUUGUUCUAGGCACAGUGUUGGUAUACCAAGUUCAUUAUUCAUACCUGAUCACAGAUUUACGGCAACAUCGGAAUAUAGUAAUGACUACUUGCCUCAUAAAGGAAGACUGGGUGCUGCCUCAGCUUGGGCUGCAAAAUCAAACACAAAUAGCGGUGAUUAUCUACAAGUCGAUCUUGGUGCUGUUUUCUACAUAUGUGCUGUAGCUACUCAAGGGACUGCGUUCAGUGCAAACGAAUGGGUUACAAAGUAUAAAGUAUUAUAUUCAACAAACAACAAUCAGUGGAAUACAUACACAGAGAGUGGAGCUGAUAAGGAGUUUACAGGAAAUACAGACAAAACCACAGUUGUUUCCCAUUUGAUAACGAACCGAUUCAAGGCCAAGUUUGUUCGUGUGCAACCGAUUACAUAUAACACACAUAAAGUUAUGAGGAUUGAAUUCAAGGGGAUUGCAGCAGGUUGUAUUUCAUCUCUUGGUCUGGAAAAUUCUAAAGUCAAAGACUCGCAGAUAACRUCAUCUUCAUCAUCCGAUAAUUCCCAUACUGCACCACGUGGUCGUCUGUAUGGCAGCUCGUCAUGGUGCAGCCAAACAAAUGGUAAUAAUGAAUACAUACAGGUUGAUCUUGGAGAGAUCAAGACAGUGACAGGUAUUGCAACACAAGGAGACAAAACUGUAGACAAAUGGACGAUUACUUACAAAGUUAGUUACAGCUUUGACGAAGGAGUUUGGUUUGAAUACCGAGAGGGGGCAUCUUCUAAGACUUUCGAUGGAAAUACUAACAAAAAUGACAUCAAAGUAAACUGGCUAACCCAUCCAAUGGCAGCACGAUAUGUCAAAGUAUUUCCCCAAGUUAGUAAAAUUGGACAUUGUCUCCGACUUGAGCUUUAUGGAUGUGAAUUUUUCUAUCCUCUAUCCGCUUCACUGAAUACUGCUAGCAUUGUCCUUCCAAGCAAAAAGAACAGUUCUGAGAAUCUAACAUGUAGUGUACUUAGCGAACCCCUUCCUGAUAUCCAGUGGCUGAACAACGGAACGAAGAUCAGUGGUGCCACACAAGCAAGUAUCCAACUGGUGUUUAACUCUGCUGAUGAGAUUGUCUCCACUUACAGCUGCUCAAGUGCAGAUCCUAGCAAACGAGCUGUUAUSUGUACUAAGUUUUACACAUGCAGAGCGAAGUACAUCUUUAUUGUACCUAGUGGAACAGUAGAUGAAGCCACUGCUAAAGUCACCCUUUAUCUAAAUGUAUCAGAAGCUCCUAAUGUCAGAGCAGUUUCGUUCMAGCGUUCUAUACGCUUGACCUGGAUCCUGCCAAACCCAUCUGACGAGGUCGGGGGAAUUACCAGCUGCCUGAUAGAGUUCAACAACCAGAGUUCUAUCAAGGCCAUAUCUGUUGGUCAUCAAGCUUCUCCUUUUAAUCUAACCUACCUUCGCCCUUACACGAACUAUACUGUGAGAAUGAGAGCAAUAAGCGCUCCGGGACAAGGACUGUGGAGUUCGCUUGUUAGCGUUAGAACCACCAUUGCAGAUGUAAUCGUUAAAAUAAUAAACAAGGCGGCUUCUWAUGAAGUUAACAGAGAAGCAUGUUCUUGGGUGCUUGACAUCGUCGGCGCCAUACUGGAAGAAUGA